UGUAGCUUAGCAUUUGUGGGAGAGAUGGCCGUGAAGUGUCUCUGGUUCCUGUGAAGUGGAAACGGGCUCUGUGGAUCUCGGCAGGAGGCCAGGAACUCCGUCCCGGUCCGCUCGGACCUCCGUUCUUUGAAAAUAAUCUUCACGCUCUGAACCUCGUUGUGUUGUAGCUUCGUGAGCGGGCAGCCUGGCUGCCCCUUUGCCUCCAGAUGAAUGAAAAGCCCCCCGGGACACCGAGACGCAGCCGAUGCAGGACACGCAGGCGUUUCUGCAAACAUGAUGAAGAAGAAGAAUCCACACAAAAAACAUAAGAGCAGUCUGGGCCCAACCACCAAAGUUCUGUCCCAGCCGCAACGCAACAUCGUGGGCUGCAGAAUCCAACACGUGUGGAAGGGCGGGGGCGGACACGUGGUGUGGAAAGGGACGGUUCUCGACCAGGUUCCCGUGAACCCGUCGCUCUACCUGAUAAAGUACGAUGGGUUCGACUGCGUCUACGGUCUGGAGCUCCAUAAAGACGAGCGGAUCCAGGGACUGGAAGUGCUGCCCGACAGACUCGCUAAGUCUCGUCUGACGGACGUCGGCCUCGCCGACACCAUGAUCGGGAAAGCCGUGGAGCACAUGUUUGAGACGGAGGAGGGUCCGAAGGAGGAGUGGAGGGGCAUGGUUCUGGCCCGAGCUCCCAUCAUGACCACCUGGUUCUACAUCACCUACGAGAAAGACCCGGUUCUGUACAUGUACCAGCUGCUGGACGACUACAAAGAGGGAGACCUGCGGAUCAUGCCCGACUCCAACGACAGCGUCCCAGCGGAGCGGGAGCCCGGCGAGGUGGUGGACAGCCUGGUGGGCAAGCAGGUGGAGUACGCCAAAGAGGACGGCGGCAAACGAACAGGCAUGGUCAUCCACCAGGUGGAGGCCAAACCGUCCGUCUACUUCAUCAAGUUCGACGACGACUUCCUCAUUUAUGUGUACGACCUGGUCAAGACUUCGUAAAGACUCCGGACGUCCCGAUCCGCCCCGCGCCCACGUGACAGAAAUCUACAGCAAGCGCAGCUCAUGUUGACGCACCUGAAGCGUUUAACCCAGCAGUCCUUCCUCAGUCCAUCAAACACACGGAGAGGAAAACAGAAAUAAAUCAUUUUUUAUGUUUUCUCUUGUUCCAUUUUCAGCUCAGUGCCUGAAAGUUCGUACAGAGAAAUACGAUCAGAUUUUCUUCCAGAAACAUCUAGAUGAAUACGAUGAACCAGAGCAAUGGCAACCUUCAUCUCCCCCAUAUCCAAGAAAACACAGAAACGUUUUCUCCAUCUUCAGCUGACGCAGAGAAAUGAAUCCCAGUGAAGAGACGGAAGGAUUUUUAAAUUCAUCACUUUUAAAACAAACAUGAACCUGAAGAUAAACGAUUCCUGGACAGGAACUCGUACAAUCAUGAAGAAACUGACUGGACUUUCAAUAUGGCGCUGAUGGUUCCUUGACCUGAAGGCCCAAAGUAUGGAAGCCUAUUUUGGCCAAA